AAUCUAUGUAGACUUCAGUCCAAUUUAAACUAUUUUAAACCGAUUGUAAUUGGACAGCCUUUAAAACAUAACUCAUUUCUAUGUGCGAGUGAUUGUGGUUGAGGGCUAUCCCUGGCAUAACUAAAACGGUACUUUAUGUAAUUAGUUAUAGUUACGUUAUUUAUAAUGCUUGUUAUAGGAAAAAAAAUAAAAUGAGAAGUUAUUAUUAGUAAAAGCUAAUCGAAAUGAUUUUUUUUAGUAUUUUGUACAGUUAUAUAUAUAUAUAUAUAUAUAUAUAUAUAUAUAUAUAUAUAUAUAUAUAUAUAGAUAGAUAGAUAUAUAUAUAUAUAGAUAGAUAGAUAUAUAUAUAUAUAGAUAGAGAGAGUCUAUCUAUCUAUCUAUCUAUCUUAGAUAGAUAGAUAGAUAGAUAGAUAGAUAGAUAGAUAGAUAGAUAGAUAGAUAGAUAGAUAGAUAGAUAGAUAGAUAGAUAGAUAGAUAGAUAGACCCGUGGUGAGUGACUCCCCAGACCCGUGGUGAGUGACUCCCCGACCCAGUUUAAUUGCAGACAGUGUGUAAAAGACAUUGCGCUGUAUGACAAUUGUCCUCAAACAUUAAAGGGGGAGUGACGACGUGAUGAAAAUGCAAAUUUUUGAGUAUUGCUGGUAUAUUGAUAUAUAUUUUGUUUCAAAAAACUUCUUUAAAGAUUUAAAUUAAUUAUUAUAGAGAUAAGAAGAGUGUGCAAAUUAUGAUUUUGUAAACCCAUAAAUGAGUAAAAUGUCAUUUUUUAAUGUUUUUAUUUUUUACCGAUUCGAUUCAGGUAGGCUACUUAUAAUCUCCUGACUAUAUCGUAUUUCACAUCAUUGGAAAGCUUUAUUUUUCAGAAAUUAUAUAUCUUUAGCUUCCUAUCACGCAAGUUAUCAAACACUUAAAUCGGCAUUACAUCGUGAUGAAAAUGGUGUUUUUCUGACCUAUUUAUAGGCUCACCUCAUUUUUAACGCAUCAUCCUUGUAUUCUAAAUAAAGCACGCAUUAGGACUGGUUAUAUGUGUGAAAAAUGUAAGUGUGAUAGAUUUCCCUAUAAUGAAAUUCGAUUAGACCGAGCAGUUUGUGCUCUGUAAAUAUGCAAUUUUCUCAUUUGGUGUCACUCUCUGGGAUGGUGUCACCCCUUGCCGUCCGCACCCCCUUGAUACGCCACUGGUUUAAAGUAUCAUUUCUUGACUGUAGUGUUGGCCACGAAAAAAGUAGCGCAUCUCUCUAUGAAAGCAUGUCUUGAUGAAACAGCCAAUUGGCUUGUUUUUAUUCAUCUACAUAAAUGUUACAGCAGAUACCGGGACUAUCUAAAAAUAUUGUCACAAAAUCGGUUCAUUUUCACGUACAAAUUUCCCAAUCCAUCCUAUGACUGUUAAACUGGCCUACCUACAACUGGCCUACCUACAACUGGCCUACCUACAACUGGCCUACCUACAACUGGCCUGCCUACAACUGGCCUACCUACAACUGGCCUACCUACAACUGGCCUGCCUACAACUGGCCUACCUACAACUGGCCUACCUACAACUGACCUACCUACAACUGGCCUGCCUACAACUGGCCUACCUACAACUGGCCUACCUACAACUGGCCUGCCUACAACUGGCCUCCCUACAACUGGCCUACCUACAACUGGCCUACCUACAACUGGCCUACCUACAACUGUCCUACCUACAACUGGCCUACCUACAAUUGACCUACCUACAACUGGCCUGCCUACAACUGGCCUACCUACAACUGGCCUACCUACAACUGGCCUGCCUACAACUGGCCUGUCUACAACUGGCCUACCUACAACUGGCCUACCUACAACUGGCCUACCUACAACUGGUCUGCCGACAACUGGCCUACCUACAACAGCAGCAAUAGGCAUGUCAGGACAACAAAGAGAUAAUCGUUCUUUAAAAAAAAAUGUUUAACAUGAAAAUGUGAAUCCUUCAAAUCCACGCGAGAUCUGACAUCUGCCCUUUCCCACCAAUUAAACUAAAGACUGCAGUGAUAAGGUGCGUUUCAUCUUGAUAUUGUGCAUCUGUCUUACAACUAGGAGAUCUACGGACACCGAGCUAAACCAAGAUGGCGACCCUUACAGCCUUGUGCUUUGGAGUUCUACUUUCAGACUUAGGUACUUCAUUAAGUUUUUAUGCUCAAUAUUUGUGAUACGUGGCUUGUUAGGAAAAUUAAGUUAUCAUCAUUGUACAACAAUUGCCACAAACCAUUUUCCACGUGAAACUUGGAGGUUCUUGAUGAAAACAAACGUUUUCUAUGUAUUAAUUUAAUCAAGUAUUUUUUAAAAAGUUUAGUUUGACAGUUACAAAAUAACGGAACAAUACAAAUGAUUGAUAUUUUGGCCGUUGGAUUCAUUGAGUUCAAAUGUUUCCUCCCUGCUGUCAUUAUCCUAAAGCAGAAAUUGACGAGGUUCAAAUGCAUACUAGAAUCAUAUUUCUAGACAUCUCAAGAGAUAGGACCAUUCACGAGUGUGCGUUAACUAAAUCUUUAGAGCCCUGGUUUCCAACCCACGGCGUCUCAAACCAAAAUGGAGGAAAUAAGGAUUUUUGUUUAAUAUCACCAUCGCGAAUCAUUUUUCUUCCAUAAAAUGGGACAGCAACCCAAAAGCGGUUGAUGACCUGUGCUCUUAAACUAAUAAAAUGAAAGUUGCCCUUCUGGAGUGCUUGCUUCACUUUGCUCGAGGUUUAAAGUUUAAAUGUUGUUCGAAUUUUGUGUACAACUUAAUACUAGAAUGACUUAAUUAUAUAUUUUUUUUUAAAUUGUAACUCUUCCAAAAUUUUAGUUAAUUAAAAAAAAAUAUAUAAAUUAAAAAUGCUGCUUUUAAACAUUUUCAGUUUUCUCUCAUACGAUCAAUGACUGCCCAGCCAGUGUACCGAGGGACACCUACCUCCAGGUAUACCAAGACUCGUGUUUCCAGUUCGUCAUCAACCGUGAGCGCAGGCAUUCCGUGGCCAAGGCGGACUGCGAACACCACGGUGGAACACUGGCCAUAGUAAACAAACCAGAGAUUCAGGGCUUCAUUUACCACCAGCUGGUCAGCACGUACAAGGACUUCAGAGACAAGCUUUGGAUCGGACUCAACGACAUCGACAACGAAAAUAUUUACAAAUGGGAGGACGGGUCGGCUUUGAUCUUCACAAACUGGGACAGCGGAGAUGGCCCCCACGCUGACUCUUACUACCAUGCUCAGAACCACAAUGAAAAUGACUGCACGGUUAUAGACAUGGAGAGUGGGGGGAGGUGGGCGGAGUUCCCCUGCGAGGAAACCUCUUUUCUAAUUUUCUUCCACCAAGAUGAAGAGCACUCCUACAUCUGUCAGUACAAACUGUCUCCCACCGCGACGGCGAUACCAACAACAUUACCCCCACCAACAUCGGCUUCCACUGAGGUACAAACCGACUCGACAACACGACCCGUGACAGAAAUGGGGGAACCAGAAACGGCCACGACGGCAUUGUCCGUAGAAACAGACACCACCGUGUCCUCCAUAACAAACCCUUGCCCCCCUUUUACAUGUGAUUUAGACUGUGGCAUGGACGGGUUCAAGAAGAACGCCACUUCCGGUUGUUCCUUGUGUGAAUGCGAUUUGUGAGACCCCACUGAUUUCUUGUUAAUGUUUUACAAAUUUGCACUAAAUAUAUUUUCGUUUUAUUCAA